AUGCCACUUUCACUGUAUCCAGAGCCGGCUAACGCCGAUGGGUUCUCCUACGCCCCCGGUUCAGAGGAGCGCAAGCUUCUCAAAGCUGCCCUGGCUGAGGCCGAAAAAACAACCUUCGAAAUCCCCAGCAUCAUAAACGGCGAACGCCUUUACACCGGCCGGAAGAGUGUGCAGAAGAACCCAUGGAACCACCAUGGCGCCCCGCUAGCGGAGUAUCACGAAGUCGACCGAGAGACCAUCCAGAAGAGCGCCAUCCCCGGCGCCCUGGACGUGCGCCGCCAAUGGGCCAACAUGCCCUUCAGCGACCGCGCCGCCAUCUACAAACGCGCCGCAAAGCUCGUCGAGACCAAGUACAGGUGGAAGCUCAUGGCGGCCACGAUGCUCGGCCAAGGCAAGACGUGCGGGCAGGCAGAGGGCGACUGCAUCACCGAAGUCAUCGACACCCUCAACUUCCACGUCUACUACUGCCACCAGCUCUACCAGCAGCAGCCGCUCAAGCAGUCCGACUCCGCGUACAACAGCCUCGAUUACCGGCCGCUUGAGGGGUUCGUGCUCGCGGUUUCGCCGUUCAACUUCACUGCGCUGGGGGCGCACAUCGCCUUCACCCCGGCCAUUCUCGGGAAUGUCGUGCUUUGGAAGCCGUCGCCGAUGGCUGUGCUGUCGAAUUACAUCCUGUACCAAGUCAUGGAGGAGGCCGGGCUGUCCAAGGGGGUGGUCCAGUUCCUUCCCACGGCAGACCCCACAGUUGUGGUCGAGCCCGCGCUGGCGAGCCCGCAUUUCUCUGGCCUUCAUUACACGGGAUCCUCGGCGGUUCUGAAGAGCUUGUUCGCGCAGAUUGGGACCAACACGCAGGUCUACAAGACCUUUCCACGUAUCGUAGGCGAGAGCGGCGGCAAGAACUUCCACCUGGUCCACAACUCGUGUCGCGAAGACGUUGACUGGGUUGCUUCCGCUGCAGUCCGCUCAGCCUUUGAAUUCCAAGGACAAAAGUGUAGCGCGCUGUCGCGUCUGUAUGUUCCCAAGUCGAUGUGGGAGCAGGGCGAUCUCAAGGCGGCGUUGCUGAGAGAGGCGGCCAAGAUGACGCAUGGCGACGACGUCAAGCAACUCCACCACCCACUUGGGCCGAUAGUUUCCGAGGCAGCUUUCGAACGAUUCGGCGAGUUCUUGGAGAAUGCCCAGAAGGAUGGCCACCGGCUUCUCUUCGGAGGCAAGAGGGACGGUAGUAAAGGCCUCUUCAUUCAACCGGCCAUUCUGGAGGCCAACCAGGACGACAAGGCCGCCGCAUCUGAUCUCCUUACGCGGGAGCUCUUUGGGCCGUUGUUUGCUGUGCUAACUUACGACGAUACCCUGCCGAACAGCCUCGAGGACGUAUGCGACCUCAUUGACUCCACGAGUGAGUACGGCUUGGCGGGGUCUUUCUUCUCGCGCGACAGAGAUGCCAUCAGGAUUGCGAAUGAGAGAUUGAGAGACUCGGUGGGCAUGUUCUGCAUCAAUGACAAGUGCACUGGGGCAGUCAUCGGGGCGCAUCCGUUUGGAGGCGCAAGAUCCAGCGGGACGAACGACAAGGCGAACUCGGUCAAUGUUCUUCUGAGGUUCUCAAGCAUCCGGACUGUUAAAGACUCUUUCGAGAGUUCUAGUAGCACCCUUAGCGCUUGCCAUAUCGCGGAAUGA